AUGGCCUCCUUCACCGUAUUUCCAAGACUCUUUCAGCCAGACGGACCCCCUCCCUCACAGUUUGGAACGAAUUUCUAUUACUGCACCUCACGCGGUUGCAAUGCAGUAUGGGCAGAGGCUUGGGGUAUCUUCCUCAUGACAUGGGCAUGGCAAUCACUUGCUGAAUAUCAGAAAUUCUCAGCUGGUAGCAUGUGUCCUGAGUGUCGUCAAAAGAAGCUCUUCGAGCAGGUGAUGAACGAAAUUCAAAGAGGACCUUUCGCUGUUCGACACGAGGAGAAUUUGGCCAAGGUGGAAGACAAGUCUGACAAGCAAUAUUCUAUCAUGGCACAAGCCAGUGAACCGUCCGGAUCGACACUCAGCUUUGAGAAGAUCAGCCUGAGUGAUUUCAUGCAGCUCCGUGAUGAUCACAACGACACAGACACAACCUAG